AUGUUAAAACCUACUUAUAAAAAUCGUUUACUUGGUGAAUACUCUCGAGAAGAGCUUGAAAACGACUUUCUCAAGAAUUGCGAGAUGCUUGAUACAAAAGCACACGAAAUUGUCGCACUUGAACAGAAAGCACAACAUUUAUCUCAGCAAUUAUCGAAGUUAGCAAAAGAUUUACAACAGCAAUCUCGUGCUCCAAAGAUGUUUUCCGGAAGUCAAGCACCAUCAGCAUUCAGACAAUCUCAAAUUAACGUGAAAGAAUUACAAGAUCAAAUUAUUGAUAUACAGCGCGAAAUUGAUGCAAAACAACAAAAGCACACCAAAAUUCUUCGUGAUAUAAGCUAUUUUCAAUCCAUACAGACAGAGAAAGAAACAAAAAUCAAAUCCAGAUCUUUAACGAAAUCAGGUAUUUCAAAACCAACACGCAGCAGAGAAGAAAUUAUCAUGAUGCUACAAGAAUUACUUGCUAAAAAUACAUUACCUCAAAUAGCCAACAGAAUAAAUUCCGCAAUAGCUCUUUUACAAGGAGAUUAUGAAGCUGCUGAAGAGCCUAUGCGUCCCAUUUUAGAGCAUAUCGGUGAAACGACAACAUUAACACAAUGUAUGCAAGAGAAAUAUGAUUUACAAGAAAGACAACAAAAAAUCGAAGUUUUACGCGAAAAACUCAACACCCUUCGUCAAAGAUACGAAACAAUGUUAGCCAAACACCAAGAAAUGUCCAAACAAUACGAAAGCGAUGCAGUACAAACAGCUGUUCGAAAUAAGGAAAUUCAUGAUCUCCAAAUCCAAAAAGAAACCAAAGAAAGAGAGAUGCAAAAGAUUGCUGAACUAGAAAUAAUCGCAACCAGCCUGAAAAGAGAGAUAGAACAGCUUGAAGAACAAAAAGAUCAAUUACAAAAAACAACUGUUGCAAGAGCUCAAAAAGUACAGUCACAAGUCAUGGAGGCUCUUGAUAAACUACGCGCUGAAGCAGAUGCCGUCAAUAAAAGAUGUGCAGAAGCACGUGCAGCCAAUGAUGAACUCGAAAAACAACUUGCAGAAGCAGAAAAAGAAAGAAAUGAAGCUGCUGCGAAAAGAAGAGAGGCGGAGACCGAAUUUGAGAAUCUCCAGGAUGAAUAUAAGACAAUAGCAACUAAGUAUUCUCAAAAAGUUGAUAUGGGGCAGAAAGAUCCAUUUGAAGAUAAAAGAUUUGUAAAAUUUAUCGCCAAAAUGAAGGAAAAAGGAUGGACUCCUAAGACAAUAAAAGAGAUGAGUGCAGAAACAGAAGAUUUAGAGCAUAAAUUGUCUGAUUUGAAUACGAAAAUUUCAAUUUAUGAAGCUGCAGAAAAAGAAUUGCAAGAAAAACUUGCUAAGAAGAGAAAUAAAAUUCAGAUUCUCGAAGACCAGCUCAAAGGCGUUAAGGUCAACUUAGAAAAUGAAGAACCUAAAGGUCCUUUGCAAAUGCCAGAUUAUACUGAAGGCGCUCCCUCAAUUGACUUCUCUCCAGUCAAUCAAUUACCUCUUAAAGAGAACCAGACAACUAUUGCUAUACUCUUUAAGGAGUUCCAACUCGAUAGAACAGUUACAGUUGGAAAACCUUCAGAAGUCUUCUUUUUUGUUGAGUUUCUUGAGAAUGAUCCAAGAGAAACUAAUCAUGUUCCUUGUGAUGGCAAGGUAUUUAAGUCCAGACUUGACUUUGUUGUGAAUAAUGAUUUCAUAUUAAGAGAAUAUAUAACUAAAACAGCCGUUCCGUUGCAAUUGAGAAGAGAUAGAGAAGGACAAAUAACAGAGGCAGCAAGAAGUGAACUUAAUUUGCUUCCAUUGACUGUUUGCAAUGGAUUUUCUGCAAUUUCCAAGAUUUGGAAUACAAGAGGCAAAGCGGUAGGACAAGUCAAAAUAGAGGUAUCAAUACAGCAUCCUUUAGCUCCACCAAAGAAUGAAGAUGAAGCUUAA